GAUUUAUAACGUUUCAGCUCGAUGUUCUCUGCCCAUUAGUACUCAUGGUUUGCUAUUUUUAAUGUGCAAGAUCUAUAAACCGUACAUGCAACACCAGUGUGUGACGUAUGCCGAAGUGUGUCGGUAAAAGAAAAACAUUUACUGCGAAAUCAAACUGUUUUAUCUAGAAAGUGGCUUAUAUUCUUAUUUCAAUGAAAUAAAAAAUGUUGUUUAACCUCUCUGACUAUUGCAAGAAUCUUAUAUUCAAUACAUUGUGAUAACUAUACUCAAAUGUACUAUUAUUUCACUAUAGUAUAUUGUGUAUAAAUAUUAUUGUUCGGGACAGUUUGUAUAAGCUGAGGAAUAUCUCAGAACUCGUUCAGAUUAACCGGCACAUGAUUGUAAUCUUGUGAAAAUGGUUAAGUCGUGGAGCUAUUUAAUUUUUCUGACAUGGACAUCCUAUCUGAUGAUUGUCAGCUUAUUACUCUUCACUAGAGGAUUUCUUCUCAAUCGCGUAAGCAGGACUGAACGUGGUGAGUGUAUACACUGUGAAAAUUCUGGUGACUGCGAUUUAAAGCGUGUCCUAGAGACUUCAGCAAUUGGGGUUAAUAUAUGUCCAAAGCCUCGAGCCAGAGUGAUACUUCUUGUUGUCGAUGCCCUUAAAUAUGAAUUUGUGAAUUGGCAAGAUGAUGCCAAUGCAGAGUCAUCGUAUUACAAGAACAAGAUGCCUAUUGUUAACGAGCUGAUUCAGAAAUAUCCAUUGCAUACUCGGUUGUAUAAAUUCAUAGCUGAUCCUCCGACAACAACCAUGCAACGUCUAAAAGGUCUUAUGACUGGAACAUUACCCACAUUUGUGGAUAUCAGUUCAAACUUUGCAACUGAAGAUAUAAAUGAAGAUAAUUUAAUCGAUCAGAAUGUUAAAGGUGGAAUUGUCUUUAUGGGGGAUGAUACAUGGACUAGUCUGUUUCCUGGAAGGUUCUUAAGACAAUAUCCAGCACCUUCAUUUAAUGUUUGGGAUCUAGACACUGUAGAUAAUCAGGUACGCAGAACAAUUUUUUCUGAGAUGAAGAAAAAAGACUGGUCAUUGCUUGUCGCUCAUGUUCUUGGUAUUGAUCAUUGUGGCCAUAAACAUGGACCAAAUCAUCCAGAAAUGACCAGGAAAUUGAAUGACACAAAUUAUUUAAUAAAAGAAAUAGUCAAAUCUCUUGACGAGGGAAUGAUGCUUUUUGUUAUUGGUGAUCAUGGAAUGACAGACACUGGAGAUCAUGGUGGAGACAGUAUAGAUGAAACUGAUGCAGCCAUGUUCAUAUAUUCAACUCUACCUCUAAUAGAUACAUCAACUGUGAUAGGUUCAAAGGUGGCUAACCAUGUAGACUUUGUUCCAACCAUAGCAACAAUACUGGGUACUCCAAUGCCCUUUUCUAACAUAGGGACUAUCAUUUUGGAUGCAUUACCCAUGCUGGGAGAUAAGAAUGAAUCUCUUGAUCAAUUCUUCUAUGCUGUACAGUCCUUAUGGAGCAAUGUAGCACAGACCAAAAAGUACAUUGAUGCUUAUUCGAUGGACACUUUUCUUUUCUCUGAUGAUAAAUUACAGAUGCUCGAAAGAUCUUAUAAUCACCUUUCUAAGCAGGUGAAACAUAGUAAAAACCUGAAAGAAUUUAAAGACUUUAUUAAUGAUGCUAAGGCAUACUUAGCACUCAUACGAAAUAUGUGUGCUGAAAUUUGGGUUCAGUUUGACUCAAGUCUUAUGUUCAAGGGACUACUUUUGAUGUUCGGAACCCUAUUUUUCUCCUACAUAAUCCUGGACUGCAUACAAAGAGAUCGAAUAACCAAGAUAUUCGAGUCCUGGUUCCUAACGUGUUCUGUCCUGACAAAUCUUUGUGCGAUAAUAGUAGUUUGGCUUUUAUAUUGGCUACAAAUUAUUGAGGAAUUUCAGCAUAUGACAUUUUUUGCUACUGGAAUUGUAUCAUUGUUGUUACUUUUGAUAGUUGUUAUCCAAAAUUGGGACAUCAUUGCUAUAAACUGGUACAAUAGUAUUAAAAAGCAGUGGUCCAGCUAUCAGGCCAGAAUAAUACUCUUUAUGACAAUAUGUGGACUCUUUUCUAAUAGUUAUAUUGUUGAAGAAGACAGAGUAUUAUCUUUUCUUUCAAUAACUUUAGUCUGGUUAGUGUUAUACAAUAUAAAAGUGGAUAGCCAUGUAGACAACUCGGACAGAAAAGCAAGAAUUAUCUUCAAACCUACAUCAAAACCUUCAUUCAGGAUAAUUCUAAUAAUCUUAGGCUUGAUAACAGCCCUGGCGAUAAGAUGUUCCAGUUAUUUCUGGAGGUGUCGAGAAGAACAUAAUGGAAGGUCUUGCUCUAGCAUUAUAUUAGGCAAAGCUAACUCUAUAGUAUCUAGUAAAAUAGAACAAGCCUUCCUUACUACAGCUCUAAUCAUCCUAGCUCUCUUUAUAACAGUGGUUAGAUAUUGGUUACGCAGUUGUGGAAAUCUCUCUGGUUUCUCGCCAAGUGUCGUCGUAGCUCGUUAUUGUCCUGGUGUAACAGUAGUGUGUAUUGGAUGCUUCUGGGUCCUUCAGAGGUUACCAAAAGAUGCUAAAACGAAACUAGCCUUAUCGUGGCAAGAAAAUGCCUUGCCAGGAGUUGCCUACUUCAUGAUUUUAUUCGGAAUAUUCAUUUUAUUCUACCGUCCACUGGGAGUUUUUAUACUUCCAAGAAGAGGAGAAUCCAUCAACAUCUAUCAUGGUGAGGAUAUCAUACCAAGACUCUUUGAAAGACUGAAGGGACUUAUUUAUAAACGAAAACUUGAAGAUGAAAAUAUUCCAAUUGUGUAUGGAUUGGGAACAGUGUAUAGUGCAACAUUUAUUUCAUUAAGUGUCUUUUUAACGUUACUCUAUGCUUUGCUUUUGGGGGAUGUACUUGCUCCUAGUACAGUAGUGAUGUAUAUAACUUGUGCAUGUGUCCUGACUAUUAUUUCAGUGGAAAGAUAUCGGAAUGCCAAUAGCAUUUCUGAACUGUUCGACGUACCAAACACAGCAAUUCUCUGUUGGUUCCUCAUGGCGGAGUAUUUUUUUUAUGGAACCGGACAUCAGCCGACUUUUUUAACUAUUCAUUGGGAUGCUGCCUUCAUUGGAACAGGUGGUCAUUAUUCUGGGAAUCUAGUCCCAGCCACUCUUAUAGGAAUAAAUACAUUUGGUUCUCAUAUUAUAUUGGGGGCUACCUUGCCACUGUUAGUUGUAGCACCUUUUACGAUUUACUUAAUGCUCCCAAAUUUGGUGAAAAUGAAAUUCCGUCCAGAAGAAGAUUUAAAGAGAGGCGAACUUCUGUUAUAUGAACGUCAAGCUAUUUUUCAUGGUGCAGUUUUUACUGUUCUUGGAAAGUAUGUAUUCUUCCAUGGGAUUCGAAUCUUCGGCUGUAUGCUUGCGGUAACUAUUCAAUGCCGACAUCUAAUGGUCUGGAAAAUCUUUGCUCCAAAGUUAAUAUUUGAAGGAAUCAGUUUCAUGGUGACAGUAGGUAGUGUAUUAGCUUCUCUUCUCAUGGUGAUUAGAAUAGAUCGUCAAGUAGACCACUUAGUAACACAAAUAACGAAAUCUAGGUGAUAGUAAUUAAUAUUUUAUAUGAGUUACGUCGCUCUAUAUUAAAUCAAUAAGAAGUAUCUUCCUUAGUGUAGAAUAGAAAUCGUUUACAAGAACCAAAGAAACUUUUAAGUAAAUCAGGAUGUAACAUUGCAUUCACUGCAUGGAUCCUCUUAUAAUAAUCGCAAUGAAAUCUAAUCGCCAAAAUUUGCAAUAAUAUUGAUGCAUCGCUACCAGUAUUGAAUAAUUUUAUAUAAUACUCAAAAAAUGUUCAAAAGAGUUCAAAAAGCUAAAAAAAAUUCAAAAGUGGAUGAAUAUUUUCAUUUAAACGUUUUGCCACGUGUUUACUUUAGCGUUCAAUGAUUUUAUACUUUUAGUCAUAACUCCUGAUGUUACACAGCACACUAACGCUAUCCUGCGUGCAAUGCAUUGCUGAUUCUAGUAAAACUAAGCAACGCACUUGAUGCAGGAUUGCGCCUGUCUGCUCUAUUUUUAUCUAUUAUGUAGAAUUCGUUGAGGUGAUUUAAAAUAGGAAUUUUUUUUUUGUGUUACUCAUAAAUGAUUUGGUUAUUUUACCUUAGUCAACGGUGAUUAGAUUUGCCAGUGUGAUCUUCAUUGCAGAAGCACUUUAUUUGAGGACACAAUUCAUUUUACACGUUACCAAGUGAUUCUGACGUAAAAAAUAGUUUUCAUCUUAUAUAUUUUUUUGCUUUUUAUGAUGACUAGAGUAUGCUACGAUUAAAUAUCUCGCUCACAGCUUCGACUCAGUGAUGAUCGUGAUGAUGUCUCCGCCCUUGGGACUCCUUCCUCAGGAAGUUCUGCCAGUUGACCCAUUUCUCAAAAUCUCCAUAAUCCUUUGUAUCCUAGGACAGAGAAAUGUCCUAAUUUUUUACAAGCAUUUAAUAUUGUUUUUUUUUUUUAGGGAUAAGAUUUCCCUGAAUCUGAGAUUAUGUAGUAGGCAUUUUAAUCUGGAAUCAAGUGUUACGUUAAUAGUAUUUUGUUGUAUAUGUUUGAUAUUGUUUUUAAAAAACGAUUAUAUAGAGACUAUAUUAUAUAGCAUUUAAAUAUAUGUAAAAUGUACAAGA